AUGAAAACCAAGCUUUUUGGUGAUAAUUCUCAAUUUGAAGUCGAUUUAUCGAAAUAGAUUUUUUAGAAUCCAUAUAGCCAAAUUUAUGAAUGUAAAAAUAUUGUAUCCCCUUUGAAUCUAUGUUACGCAAAAGUAAAAUUAUUUCUCUAAAUAAGUAUUCUUCAACAAAUAGUUAUUAAAAAUUAGAUGAAAAACUAGUUUAAUCUGCAUAUAAUAUGGCCAGUUAAACAUAAUACUUAGUUAAAAUUUAUCAUGUCGAAUAAAUUCCUUUUGAAUCAUAAUUUAUUAUUAUAAUGGAGAAAUGUGGAGAGUCCUUGGAAUAAUAGACUGAAUUAUAUAAUGAUUAUAAGAUAAGGAUAUUUAUGAAAUAAAUUUUGAGUGGAUACUAAAUUUUAUUGCAUAAUUAACAUAGCCUUUAAGAGAAACUUGGUCAUGGAAGAAUAAAUCCAAACAAUAUCUUUGUAAAAAAGUUUAAUGGUUCUCCUUAGUAUAAAUUAGGAGAUUUUUUAUCAAAGUUUACUUCUGCUAAUAAUACAAAUUUUGGGUAUGUGGCCCCAGAACAUUUCCCAAAUUAAGAAGAAGUGACAAUACAAAAAAAUAAAGGAAAAAUUGAUUAAGUCGUUUCAGAUAUUUAUUCUGUAUUAUUUAUUUAGUUCAAUAUUAGCUUGGAAUGGUUUUAAUAAAAUUGAUUAUGGGUAAACUUCCAUUUAAAAACGAUUAUGAUGAUACGAUUUAAUUUAUCAAUCAUAUUAAAAAGGAACCCUUUUAGAUUGGGCCUAUUUCAGGAAUUAGUGAAUAAAUUAUUAAUUUAAUUGAAAAAAUGAUACUUUAUGAUCCUGAAAAAAGAAUAACUUUGGAUAAUUUAUAAGAUGAAUUUAAUAAAAGUACCAGAUUUUCAACAAUAAUAAAACCCAAAUCGUAACUCAAAUUAUUUUUUUCCACUAAUAAUGUAAAUAGGUAAGAUGAUAGAAGGUAUAUGGCUUAAACGGUUUAACCUAUUUAACAUUAAUAAUUUAUUUAAAUUUAAUAAUAAUAGGCGAGGAGCGCUAUUUAAAGUUCGGAAAUAAUAAGUUUUUAAGAUUUAACAAAAGCUAGAAUAGCUCCAUCAACAGUAGGAAUUUAAGAAAAUACUGGGAGAUUAAGGUGUAUAAAGUACUAUUAUACCAAAGAGGAAAUCAAAAAAUUUAUUCAAGAACAAUUGUAUAUUUUAUAAUUUCUAUAUUAGGAGGGAAGGAAGCUUUUUAUCAGAACAUAUUAAGUCUGAUUAUUAAAAAUAUUUAUAAGGGAUAUUAACUGAAAAACAAUUAUUGAUCAAUUAUAAUAACACAAGAGGCAGCUUCUAAGAGAGUGAAAUAAUUUUCAUCUAUUGUUUGGCUGCAUUAGACAAGGGUCAAUAUUAAGUUGUUAAAAAACUUAAGUUUGAAUAUGUUAAAGAAUUAUAAGAUAUUGAAGAAUGA